CUGGGGGCGGAGCGGGGCCGGGCCGGAGGCAGUGCGGGAGGCAGUGCGGGAGGCAGUGCGGGAGGCAGUGCGGGGCCGGGGCUCGGGGCCGCCAUGCCGUUCGUGGAGCUGGAGACCAGCCUGCCGGCCGGCCGGCUGCCCCCGGGGCUGGCCCAGGGCCUGUGCGCCGCUGCCGCCGACAUCUUGGGCAAACCGGCGGAGCGGGUGAACGUGACGGUGCGGAGCGGGCUGCCCAUGGUGGUGUCGGGCUCGGCCGAGCCCUGUGCCCAGCUUCACGUCUCCUCCAUCGGCGUGGUGGGCACGGCGGAGCAGAACCAGCGGCACAGCGCCCGCUUCUUCGACUUCCUGACGGCGCAGCUUGGCCUCGGCCCCGAGCGGAUUGUCAUCCGCUUUUACCCGCUGGAGCCUUGGCAGAUUGGCAAGAACAGAACAGUCAUGACGUUCCUGUGACCCCUGUGAUGCCAGCUGGAACAAAGCAAUGAUGAAGACAACCUAGAGAUGACCAGUUCUGGCUGCUUGUUUCUUCUUAUGAUCAUAUCUCUGUAGCUCUGUACCCUCACCUGUAUGAUUCACUUUUGUCUUUCCAUCCCCUGCACACAAAGCCAAAGAGUGGGGCAAUCGGCUGUACUGAUUUCAUUAAAAUACUUUUAAGGUCUGUGUCUCACUCCCAUGUUGUAGCCCAAAGCCUCUCCUGGUGCCUGUGGCUAAGCCACUGCAGGUUGGUGAUGGCCAUAUGUGGGCUGUGAAACUGCUCUCUUGUAGCAGCAGAAACUUAAUUCCAGAACACGUUUGGCUUUUCUGAGGACCAGAGAGGUUCUUGGGUUCAUCCAGAUUUCCUCCUACUUUGCAAGGCAGGAAGAUCCUUAUUUCUGUUUCUCUGUGGCAGCAGAAGAGUCACAGGCUGGCCAAGAAGAACAAGGAGUCCAAUACUCUUUUCAGGCUCCUCAAAAGCUCUUUCUGGAAAGAGAUGGGAUUACUGGGAGAGAAGUUUAUACAUUUAUAUAACUAUUUAAGGCUCAUGUCAGAUCUUGUGCUCUGUGCUCUGCCACUGCUGCUCUUACAAAGUUGUAUUUGUCCACAAGCUUUCCAUGGCUGAACGUUCAGGUGCCAGUGGCAGCGUGUAGGGGAGGGAGUUGCUUGUGGAGGAUUGCACUGUGCCAAGGGGAAAUAUUUUGAAGGUUCUGCUACUGCCAGCUUCAAUUCCUGUUGUCCUCCUAGCUGCUAAAAAUCGUUUUCCUUACCCCACUGUUACAGAGGUUUUUGGGUUGAUACAGCAUCUCACUGUGUUCUGUGGAUGGUGUUUUCAGCUCACUGUUCCUGCAGGGAAUUUUUUGGGGUUUUUAGGGCCCAUAUUCUCUCUCAGUCUAUAACUGGAAUACACAUGGCAUUUUGUUUUCCCACUUUGUUACUUGGUCUGGUCAUAGUCAGGGAGCUCUGAGGAUCUGAGAGCAUGCCCUUGUGACAUGGAAGUCCAUGGGAAUGCAAGGCUGGAGGGUGCUUCUGCUCUCGUUUUAGUUGUAUUUGUUUAUGAGUUGAGGUUUCAAGAUAGUUGAAAUGUUCCUUCUAAUUAUCCUUUGAAGUUGGUCGUUCCCUAUUCAGCAUAAUUGUCUUCUGUGUUUACAAAAUCUGUCAGAAAUACAAUACUGAACACAAAUCUGUGUGUCAGUCUAGAGGGGCUACACCUCAUCUGGUUAAUAAAAUGUUUCAAAGCC